AUGCCGACGCCCUGCGUGUCUCUGCAGCUUGGCACGUACAGCUGUGUUUGCGUCGUGGACCCCCAGGACCGGUGCCGCGCUCCGGAGACUAUGCCGGACGCCCGGGGCGACGUCGCGGCGCGGUACGAGUCCACUGGCGCGCCGCCGAGUCGCUCGAACCGGGACCGCUUUGGUUCGUCGCAAGAGCUGGACACCGUGGUGGAGCAGGAGGCGCGGGCGGAGGCGAAGGCGAAGCAAGCCGCGCACGAGGCGGAGGACCCGGAGGAAGUGACCCUGGAAGCCGUGUAUGACACCGCGCCCAUCCACCAGCGCAGAUCCUGGCCCUGGCCCCCGGCCGCGGCGCCGCGGAGCAUGGCCGGGGAGCGGCGGAAGAGGGCGAGGGACGGCUUCAACGUGCAGGAGCUGCUCUUUGGCGACGCCCUGGCGCAGCGGGACUUCAGCGACCCCUCGGUGGAAGACGUGGACCAGCUGAGCCCUGGCUCCAGCCUCAGCGGCUGGGGCCGUGGGGACUUCCGCGCCCAGCUGCGGGACCUGCAGAGCUUGCUGCGAGCAGUGGAGGGCCGAGAAUGGGAGGACUCGGAAGUGCUCUGGGUGCUGAGGCUGGCGCUCCGGAAGCAAGAAGGUGCCGCUUUGCUGCGGCCUUCCUGCCUGAGAUAUGCGCUGCUCGCCCGGCACGGGUUCCAGUCGCUGUCCUUCCCUGAGCUGCAGCUGCUGGCGAUGCUCCAAUUCCAGGUGCGCCGGGAGAAGAUCGGCGAGGAUGGCGCGACGGUCGAAGACAAAAGCGAGGAGGGCAUUGUGCAGGGGGUGAACCUCCUGGAGCUCAAGCGGCUCAUGCAGCACCUCAACGAGGGCAAGCCGGUGGCGGACCGCGAGGUGUACUCUGUGGUGCAGGAGGCGGUGCUCCUGAGCGGGGCAGAGACCAUCAGCCGGAAGGAUCUAAUGCGGGGCCUCGGCGCGUGGUACGCGAACGUCCAGAGGAGCGAUUCUCCGCCCUCGGUCUUCCUGCACGCCUGGUCCUCCGCGCUGCUGUAUGGCAAAGAGUACCACACAACCCUGAUGGAGAAGCUCAGGCAGCUGCUGCCCUCGGUGCUCCGAGUCCUGCGACGCCAGCGCAAGGAUCCGGAGGAGUCCUCGGCGCGGCUGCUGUCCAGUCCGACCCAACGCUGGUUGGAGCGCUGCUGGGGCCUUGGUGCGGUGGCAGCGCUGCUGCUGGGCCUCGGCUUGCCGGGCACGUUGUUCGCCUGGGCGAUUUACAUGGGCGCGGAGCAUGGCGACGACGCCUGCCCCCGUGACCUCGAUGGUUUGCUGACCUGGUUCGGGAUCAUCGGCCUGGCCUUUCUCUUCAUUGGCUGUGCAGAUGCCAAUGCUGACCAGAUCUCCUGGAUCGGCCUGGCACUGCGAACUGUGCUGCUGGUUUGCCCGUGGGUGGGGGCGGACUGGACCUUUCACCUGCGGGGUGAUGAGCAGCUGAUGUGCGGUUCCACCCUGGUCACUGCAUCCAUGUGGCUUUGGACGGCGCUGCUGGUCCUGGAGCUCCUCGGCGCCUGCGCGCUAUGCUGGGGCGCCGCUGUGUUUGCGGAGCAUGAGCUGUCGCUGCGGCACCUGGCCAUUCGGAGCCGCUCGGCUGAGAAGGCUAGCACGGUGCAGGGCCUGAAGCAAAUCCACCUGGUGAAAGUGUUGGGGGGGCCGAGGAUGGAGAAGCCCCCAGACACAAAACUCCCGAACAUUGACUGGGGCUCAGUUGCACAGCUUCUGCACCGCUUGCGCAAUGACAAAAUUCCAGACAGCAAGUUGGUGGAGAUGGUGGCUGUCCUCAAGGUGAAGGCCAUUGAGAGCACCAUCUCCGCCUGCUUCAAGCUCAAGCAGGAGCUGGGCAGUUACGCCCUGAUGGGCGGCACCGGCUUCGAGAAGCUCGACUACUUGCAGUGCUGCAAGUUCGCAGAGGGUGAUAGCCGGAUCCUCAUGCAGAAGCUGACCCGGGAUCGCCUCCAGGCCUUUGCCAAGUCGCCUGGGGGCAAAGGCAGAGAGGCCGAGGCCUGCAUGAAGUUGGGGAUGGCCCUGAAGAGCGGCAAGGAGGCCUGGAAUGCCAACUUCCAGCUGGUCUACGAGGUGGCCGAACUGGUGAUGGACCGCAUCGUGGACGAGGUGGGCUGGCUGGCUCUCCGAGGACGGCUGAACGUUCGCCGCCUGGGCUUCUGGGGGACGGGCCUUGCGGCUUUUGAAACCGUCGGAAGUUUCGAUGGCGGAGCGGAGGGAAAAUGCGGCCUGGGCGGGAGGAGGUCCGACCCCAGCAAGGGGAGCACCACGGGCCUGGUUCGGGCCGUGGAGUGUGACAAGCAGUUUCAAGCCCAGCUGCUGGAAUCCUGGCGCAGGGCCGAGGACUUGGACGAGGCGGCGAACCGGGUGCACCGCCGGCAAGUCUGCCUGUUCUUCGACUUUUUGAGGACUCCGGAGGGGGAGAUGAACAUGGAGAGCGCGGCGCUGCCCUACAUCGAGCAGGGCUUCGCCGACAACGAGUACCUGGAGGCCGAGCUGGCGCGCUGCGCGCCGGACCUGAACGCGCACAUGCCCCAGGCGGGCGGGGAGCUGCCGGCGCCCAAGAAGAACGCGAUCCGGCAGGUGCUGGUCCUUUACAGCCAGGUGGCAAAGCCCGGGCCCACCGGCGUGCUGGAGGUGCUCUACCGAUCCUCCUUCUGCCGCUUUGUGCUCGACAGCAACUUGGUGGCGAUAGAGCCGGACGAUGGCGAGCGGCCAACGUACCACAAGUCCGUCAGACUCUUCGACAACAUCUCCAAGUACGGCAACGGGGGCACGCAGCGGUUCGCAAACAUCGACCACUGCGUGACCCUCGUGGUGCAGUUGAUGAUGCAGAUCAACAUGCCGGCGGCGCUGGCCUGGGAGCUCUUCGAGGAGGGGCUGCAGAGGGCCGAGCGCACCGCGGAGGAGCUCUUGGGCGAAGGUCAGAAGAGAGCACGGGACUGUGCUGAGGUCCUCGCCAAAGAGGUCACCGACGAGGCCAUCCUAGAGCGGCGGAUGGACAUGUUCGGCAAGCACGGAUCCCCCCCGCAGCUCUUCCAGGGCUCGCUGAUCUCCUGGACCAGGGGCCUCCGCUUCUGGGUGAACACCACCACGAAUCACUGCAUGCCCGAGAACACCAUGGAGCGCAUCGAGCAGAGCUUGGCCAACGAGCAGUUCGCCAGGGAUGAGAUCGUUGAGCCCGGGUGCCUCUACAUCGUGGCCAAGUUCCAAGGCCUCUUUGAGGAACUCUUCACAUCGUACUGCUACGAGCACAGAAUGGCCGUCAAGGAGGACGAGAAUGGGAAGAUCCGGACUGAGCCGGUGCCCCACAUGUCUUUUGCCGCCUUCUUCCGCUUCUGCUCCGACUUUGGCAUUUUCCCCAGCCUCGUCUCAUUCGACGAGGCGUGGCUCGCCUACAAGAACGCGGACUGCCUGCAGCUCCUGGGUUCCCAGGCAGCGCCUAUCAGGGUCAAGCAGUUCAAAAAGGCCGAGGCAAGCCCCAGCCGGGUGUCGGCAAUCCUCGGCCUGCGGAAUAUGGUGAACAGAGUCCGGAAGGGCAAAGAUGAGCAAGAGGAGGACAAGAAAACAGAUACCAGCAACAGCGACCAGGAGGGGAACUCCAGCUCCGCCAGCGAUGAGAGCUCCGGCGAGGACGACACGGAUGAGGAGGCGGCCGCAGUGUCGCGGCAACGUAGCAAAGGUAUCGCCCGCUCCUCCCGGAGCUCCUCUGCCUCCAAGGAGAAGAUCCCGGUGGACGAGCUGCAAGCCUACAGCGUCUCCGUGCGCUCCACGCCCUCCGUGUCCCACGCGGCGGUACCCAGCUUUGCCCACACCCUUGCGGUGGGUCACGGUCGCACUCGACACGCGGUCAACGACAACGAGGUGGCCGCAGCCUUGGUGAGACACCGCCGGCAGUCGAUCGGCCCUGGGGACGACCACUUGGUCAUUCCCAUCAUCCACCAGCCGCCGGAGAUCGAAGAGGCCCGUCCGAGGAGAAGUCCGAGGAGGUCACUGCCGCCGUGUCCGCGCGGCUCUCCCACCGGGGCGUGCUGCGGGGCAGCUCGCGCCGGGGAUCCGAAGAGGCGGAGGCGCCCGAGGAGCAGACGGAGCAGCACGUGA